UGAGUUCUUCGUAGGUAGGGACUCCCUGCAGGCGCGUUCAUGCAGAAGCCCAACUGGGUCCGAGGCUCCCCACUUGCCACGUCGGUCCCCUCAUCCGCAGAGUGGGCCUAAGAUCUCCCUGCUAGUAGUGAGGAUAGAAACCCCGAGCCUCGCGCCCACCCCGUGGAAGCCAUCGGUGGAUCCAGCGUUGCCGACCUGCAACUAGCUCGCGCCACGGGCCGCCCGGUCCCCCGCGGGCACCCCGCGCGCCGCCCCCGCGCCCACGUGACUUCCUGGAAGGCCGCGGAGGCCGCCCUCUGCCCCGCUCAGUUUCGUUUCCUCUGCCUCUGCCCGAGUGCAGCAGUUUCACCCUCAGUCCCAGCUCGUCGCGUCAGGAGCGCCAUGGCUGAGCUGAUCCCCCUGGCCGAGGAGCUGUCGUGCUCCAUCUGCCUGGAGCCCUUCAAGGAGCCGGUCACCACUCCGUGUGGCCACAACUUCUGCCGGUUAUGCCUGGACGGGACGUGGGCGGUCCAGGGCCCGCCGUUCCUGUGCCCGCAGUGCCGCGCGGUGUACCAGACGCGGCCGCAGCUGCACAAGAACACGGUGCUGUGCGCGGUGGUGGAGCAGUUCCAGCAGGCCGAGUUGGCCCGGGAUUUGCCCCCCGACGGCUGGACGCCGCCUUCCCGCUCCACGACCCCGAGUCAGGCCAGCCAGGUGGCCUGCGACCACUGCCUAAAGGCCACCGCCGUCAAGACGUGCCUCGUGUGCAUGGCCUCGUUCUGCCAGGAGCACCUGCGGCCGCACCUUGACAGCCCUGCCUUCCAGGACCACCCGCUGCAGCCGCCUGUCCGCAACCUGCUGCGCCGCAAGUGUCCCCAGCACAGCCGGCUGCGGGACUUUUUCUGCCUCCAGCAUGGCGAGUCCAUCUGCCACAUCUGCCUGGUGGGGCACAAGACCUGCUCUACUGCGUCCCUGAACCAGGCCAGCGCUGACCUGGAGACCCAGCUGAAACAUAAGCUGAUCAUCAUCCACAGUCAGAUCAAUGGGGCAACGCGAGCGCUGGAGGAUGUGAGAGCCAGGCAGGAGGCUAUGUGGGAUGCUGCGCACAAGAAGAUGGAGCAGCUUAGACAAGACUACAUAGAGAUGAAGGCUCUCAUUGAUGCUUCAGAGGCCAGCUCGACACAGAAGAUAAAGGAAGAGGAGAAGAGGGUCAGCAGCAAGUUCGACAACAUUUACCAGAUCCUCCUCAAGAAGAAGAAUGAGAUUGAGAUCCUCAAGGAGGAGAUUGAGCUUGCCCUGACUGAGGGGGACGAGUUUGAGUUUCUGGAGAAAGCGGCAAAACUGCACGGAGUCUUGACAAAGCCAGUCUACGUCCCCAGGAUGGAGCUGAAUCACAAGCUGAUACACAGUGUCUGCCAGGGCACCACGGACCUCAAAAACGAGCUGAAGCAGUAUAUAAAGCAGGUCAAGAAGGCUGAGGAGCCCAGUGGCUCAGGGGACCCUGGAGAGCAUGGCCCAGAGCCCACGAGCAAAGCGGCACGCCCUGUGAAGAAGGUCCAAAAAGAAGAAAAGAAACCCAAGAAACCUCCUGUUGCCAUGGCUUGCCCUGCCACACCCUGCAAGACUCUCACCUUUGGAGCCCCGGAACAGUCGGUGGAUGUAAAACAAGCUGCCAGUCUGGACGCUUCAGUCAAAGCCACCAGCGUGCAGCCGAACUCAGCGUCUCUCAAGACCAAGGUGCUGGAGACCUUCUUAGCCAAGUCGCGGCCUGAGCUCCUGGAGUAUGCUGUUAAGUUAACCCUGGACUACAACACCGCCCACAACAAGGUGGCUCUGUCAGAGAACUACACUGUUGCCUCAGUGGCGGACUUACCCCAGAGCUACCGGCCACAUCCCCAGAGGUUCACGUACUGCUCUCAGGUGCUGGGCCUGCACUGCUAUAAGAAGGGGAUCCACUACUGGGAGGUGGAGCUGCAGAAGAACAACUUCUGUGGGGUGGGCAUCUGCUACGGAAGCAUGAAACGGCAGGGCCCUGAGAGCCGGCUCGGCCGCAACAGCGCCUCCUGGUGUGUGGAGUGGUUCAACACCAAGAUCUCUGCCUGGCACAACAAUGUGGAGAAAAGCCUGCCCUCCACCAAGGCCACGCGGGUCGGGGUGCUGCUCAGCUGUGACCAUGGCUUCGUCAUCUUCUUUGCCAUUACUGACAAGGUCCACCUGAUGUAUAAGUUCAAGGUGGACUUUGCCGAAGCCCUGUACCCGGCCUUCUGGGUGUUCUCUGCAGGUGCCACGCUCUCCAUCUGCUCCUCCAAGUAGGAGCAGCUCUCCAGCUCCUGCUGCCUGUGGAGUGCCCAGACUCCGAUGAAAAUGCUGCAGGAGGAACUUGGAGAGCUUCCCUCAGAGUCCCCGAGGGCUGGGGUGGGGGUGAUUUGGUGGGAGGUGAGAAGGUGGGGAGAUGGGGUAAGAGGAGGGGCUCUGCCAGGGAAAGCUGGGGCAUGGGGGUGGUUGUACUGUGGGCAAGGAAGCAUCUCCACCUCCCAGUGCCCAUUAGGGCAUGAUGACCUCCUCCCCCUGUCCUGGUAGCUCUCCAGGCUGCUGGGCAGCUGGCCAGGGCUUUGAGUCAGGUCAGUGCCCCUCCCCUCCUGGAGAAGCCACAGCCCCACCCAGGCUCUCCGGCCUCUUGGCGCCUCCCCUUUUGCUCUCUGCAGUAACCUUCAGAUCUUGGUGUUCAGUUAGUCUCUGAAGGGCUAUCACAAAGUCAUUGAAUUUCAAUAUUACCCCCCAGUAUCCAUAUGUAGGGGCUGGGGUGACACUCAGAUUCCUGGUUAUUUUCUGUGCUUGCAGGAAAUGGCCCACAACAGGCCUCCACCCAGCCAAGUUUCCCAAAGAAGGGGGUCCUCUUCCUCCACUGGGAAAGAGCCCUACUUCCCUCCCUGCCCUGUGCCCCUCAUCACCCCAUCGGCGGUUUAAAAAUAUUAAAUGGAAGAGAAGCCUUUUCAGCCUAAGGCUUCAAAUCAUGAUCUGAAUCAGCCUGUGUUGAAUUUGUGAUUCAAGGUCAGUGUGAACAUGGCCCCAAGUGGAGGGAACCCCUCCCACUGAAGUGUGACCAAAGGCUUCGUGGCAGAGAUGCUCCGGCUGCAGCUGUGAGGCCUUGCUGGAGGCCUUCCACGGCCUAGGCUUUGGGGCAAGGAUCUGCUGGGCAGCCGAAGCCCUAACUGGGUUGGCAGAAGUGUGCUGGUUUUGCCUUUAGGAGGAGUGGCUUGCCUUUUUACUCAUAACUCCCCUGAGUGAUAAUCUCCCCUCCCCAGGACUGUGAGAUACUGGACUGGCUGGGGUAGGUACCACUCUGGCCAGCACAGUAAAGUGGACAGCCAAGCUAGAUGUCUGGAGCCUGCUAUCACAGUGAUGGGCCUUGAGUGGCUGCCUCAGGGACCAUCCUAGGUUACCUGAUGGGCCUUCCAGCAGAUCCCAUGUGAAAUGGUGGCACUGCUGUUCAUCCCCAGCCACAGGCUGCAGACCCAGUGCCGCCCCUCACCUGAGUCAGAGGUCUGGCACCAGCCCUGGCCCCUUCUGCUCCCUUCCUCGUUUGAACCAGUUCCAAAUGUGAGAAUUGGCCAGGCUAGGGAUCAUGAAGACUAACGACCAGGGACAAGCUCCAGGUCUCAAGCACAGGGGCUAUUUUUCCUGCAGUGUUUCUGUGCAGUAAAAAUAACCUCAGUCCAGUAAGGGGCGGGAGUGAAUGGGUUGCUGGAUUUUCCCAAGCUCCUCAGCACCUGAUGUCAAGAGGUAAAUUCUCAUCCCAGAAGUGGGAGAAACUGAACUUGUUGUGAAACAAGUCCUGCUCUGGGCUUGCCCAAGAAGGGAGCUCUUUGUGGUAUGAAAAAGAGGUUACCCCUGGGGGAGUGGGGACCCCAGACCUUUUCAUACGGGUAUUUGAGAAUUUAAUGCAUCUCUGGCCUGAUGCUGAAUUCCAGGGUGCUCUAGUCAGGUCCAGAGCACUUGAUAUUCCAGACAGAUGUGUCCAUCUGUGUGCAUCUCCCGGCAAGGACUUGAACUUCCUUGGGGGAGAGAGCAUUGUAGGGAAGACAUCCCUGCAAUAGCUGAGGUGUGGUUUUAAAAAUUUUUCUUCCUUUGCUACUGGGAAGAAAAGUUCUUUGGUGAUUGUCCUCUGCUUUUGGAGAUGGUCAAAGCACCUUCAUUGGUCUUCUGAAGCAAAAGCCUUUUGAAGCCAAGGCAUACUUGGGAAAUAGCUGAGUAGAGGAAAAGAAUGCUAGGGAUUAAUCCAUGGGACCUGCUGUGGCUCUCAUCUGCAGAAAUGAGGGCAACAGAGAGGGAUCUUCCCUGAUGAUCACCCAGCACAGGAUAGGGAAGGGAGUCCCUCUGUUUAUAAGAAAGCAAGUAGGUGACCCCAGCUGAACCCUGUGAAUCCUACUUUGGAGAUGUAAAUUGAGUAGUGCGCCCUUGCUGUCUUGAGCAGUUCUGUUUUCAACAGUGAACCCUUGCAUUCCCUCCCUUGCAGGGCAGCUCCCCAACCCUGGAGUCCUAGAGUUGGGGAAAACUAUUCAUUGGUCUCCUUUGGCAGAAUAAGUCAGACAGGGAGGUAGUGGAUGACGCUGCUCACUGCUCUUACCAGCCCAUCAUGGAGGAGCUGCCUCCUAGGUGCCUUCUGACUCACUCUGGUGUGACCAGGCCAGGGUCACGUGUUUUUUUAUUAUUCAAGAGUGGACAGUUCCCCUAUUGUAAUGAAAUGGAUCUAGGAUCUAUAACUAAUAUUGAUAUGUUAUCUUGUGCCUUAUUCUGUCCCCACUCCCACUAUUGAUUUUAAUUAAUUAGGAGUAUUGGGACUGUUAGUUCUCGAGUUUAUGCAUUUAAAGAGCUGAUUCCUUAGGAGCUAAUCAGAGUAGAUCUGGAUCUUUUGAGACCCUUAAGAAAUACCAGGGUCCAGGCUGGCUGACAUGACUUAGAAGCUUUGGAUGUAGUAAAUCAGUGGUAGGUAUUCUUCCUUGCAUCUCAGUAUAGCACUUUUCUGAGUUCUGUGAGUUGCAGUGAAUGAAUCUCAGGGAGGUCAUGUGCUAUAGGCUGGAUGUUUGUGUUACCCCCAAAUUCCUAUGUGGAAAUAACCUCCCAAAAUGUGAUGGUGUUGGAGGGGAUUGGGUCAUGAAAGGGGAGCCCUCAUAAAUGGGAUUAGAACUCAUAAAAGAGACCCCACAGAGCACCCUCACUCCUGCCGUGUGAGGACAUGGCAAGAUGGUUGUCUAUAAACCAGGAAAUGGCUCCUCACCAGCCGCUGAAUUGGCCAGUCUGUGGAUCUUAGGCUUCCAGCCUUCAGAACCUGUGAAAAAUGUUAUUUAAGCCACCAGUAUUUUUGUUACACAUCCUGGAUUGAGACAUCAUGGGAACUGCGAAACUGAUUGAAGGAAACCUCAUUUAAAAUGGAGUUAAUGAGCCCAAAAAGGGUAACUCUCUCACUAAGCCACUCUGCAACCCUUUGCAGAUCCCAACAGGAAGAGCGUACCUUUUGUUCUUAACAGGAGGAAACCUCUACUUUAUGCCAACAGGAGCAAGAUUUUCUCCUUGCCUGGCAACAGUCCAGCCUAUGAGAGACUUGUCACAACUCAGCCGAAGAAAGCCACUACACUUUGAAAUCCCAGAUUACUGUACUGGACUUUAUGUUUGUAGCAGCGCCUUGCAACUCCCCCCUUUCCUCUCCAAAAGGGCAUUCCUUUCCUUUGUUCUCUGGACUUGCCUAUAGUUUUACUAUAGCUUGCAUGUUUCAAAUUAUAAUGAUUUUCUAUUCCUAAAUAAACUCAUUUUUGGUGGUAAAA